UACAGGUUCUUUAGAGUUAUUUCUAGCACUUUAACUCUAAGAUUUUGUGAGUUCAGAUAAUUUUUUCUUUAUAUACUGUCAAAUUUUGUACUGUAGCACAUUGUUUGCUGACUCUCCCUUGGGUGUCAUACUGGUAUCAGAGAAAGAAGUGGUCUGGGUGUAUAAGCAUUUGAGACUGAGUUAGUGGCAAUUUAAGCUGCAUGGAUGGGGUAUACAGUGGCCACAAAAGUGAUAUCCAACCAGGGAUACGACGAGGGAAUUAUCUGUAAAUUAGGUGAAAGGUAAGAGUUAUUAUUUGGGAUCCUGGUGAUCAGUUUGGGGUCAGAGAAGGUAAGAAUGACAGACUAGAGGGAGGGCAAUAAGACAAAUUAGUAAGAAAAUAGAGAGAGAAAGCAGAGAGUUAACACUCAGAGACUGGGAAUUCCACAGGAAUCGAAGGAAGGAAAUGCCUCGUAAAGUUUUGGGUCGUGUGAUUGAGGAGAAAAUUGGUCUAAUUCGUCAAAAUAGCUUUGCUUCAUGCAUAAUAUGCUCCAAUAAGUCAAAGAUCUUAAUACUUGUAGUUAUGUUGUCUCUCAAUCAGGAAACUUCUUCUAUGACUCAGGAAGAUAGGAAGCCCAAGGUAUAGGAAGCUAGACCCCUAAUGUGGACAGCAGUUUUUUAGAGGUACGUGGUUCAAUGGCAAUAAGAGUGUUGACCUGAGAAUAGUGUUUUUUGUUUGAUUUUUUUUUUUUUUUUUAAUUUGAAGGAAUAAAGGAUAAAGGAUUUACCCAGGAUAUUGAGAAGAGUUAAGGUGUGUUGUUUUUACUGAAGUCAUGGGUGUCAACUGCUUUUAGCUGGAGAACUGUGGUGUAGAUGGAUGAUAUGGAGAUAAACUGUGCUUCUUGAUGUACUGCAGGCCAUGGAGAUGGAGAUAAGAAACAGCACAAUGAUGACAGAAUUCAUCCUUCUUGGUCUUACCCAGUCUCCAGAUAUUCAGCUCCUUGUCUUUGUGCUAGUCUUAGUUUUCUACCUCAUCAUCCUCCCUGGAAAUUUCCUCAUCAUUCUCACCAUCAGAUCAGACCCUGGUCUCUCAGCCCCCCUCUACUUUUUCUUGGGAAACUUGGCCUUCCUGGAUGCAUCCUACUCCUUCGUUGUGGCUCCCAAGAUGCUGGCGGACUUCUUUUCUGAGAAAAAGGUGAUAUCAUACAGAGUUUGCAUCACUCAGCUCUUUUUCUUGCAUUUCCUUGGGGAGAUGUUCCUUCUUGUUUUUAUGGCAUUUGACCGCUACAUUGCCAUAUGUUGGCCUUUACAGUAUUCAGCUAUCAUGAAACCUAGAGUUUGCUAUGCCUUAUUGUUGGCUCUAUGCCUUGGGAGCUUUGCUCAUUCCUUUGUACAAGUGGCACUUAUCCUCCACUUGCCCUUCUGUGGCCCAAACCAGCUGGAUAACUUCUUCUGUGAUGCCCCACAGAUCAUCAAGCUGGCCUGCACAGACACUUUUGUAGUGGAGCUCCUGAUUGUCUCCAACAAUGGAUUGCUCACCCUCCUGUGUUUCCUGGGCCUUCUGGCCUCUUAUGCUGUCAUCCUCUUCCAUUUAAAGGGACACUGUUCUGAAGGGAAGGGUAAGGCAGUGUCCACAUGCACUACUCACAUUAUCAUCGUAUUUUUUAUGUUUGGGCCAGCCAUUUUCAUGUACACUCGCCCCUUUAGAGCCUUGCCAGGUGACAAAGUGGUUUCUCUCUUCCACACAGUGAUAUUUCCUUUGUUGAAUCCUGUAAUUUACACCCUACGGAACCAAGAAGUGAAAGCCUCAAUGAGAAGAUUAUUUAAUCUGCAUAUAGCCAGAUGAAAGGAAAAAUUUUAGAUAAACAAGACUUGAGGAAUUCGUCUGAAAUUAAUUUAUUUACCUCAAAAAAAAUACAUCUUUGAACACCUCUCAUUCGUCAGAACAAUUCUGGGCACUGGAGAAAGAGUUAUUCUUGAGAUAGACAAAGUUGCUGUUCUCCUGGAUAUACAAUCCAGUGGGAAUAGAAAGAUAUUGAGAUGCUGUUGUUAGGCACAGUUGAGUUGGUUCCGACUCAUAGCAACCCUAUGUACAACAGAAUGAAACACUGCCUAGUCCUGCACCACCCUCAUGAUUGUUAUGCUUGAGCCCAUUGUUGCAGCCACUGUUUCAGUCCAUCUCAUUGAAGGUUUUUCUCUUUUUCACUGAUGCUCCACUCUACCAAGCAUGAAGCCCUUCUCCAGGCACUGGACCCUCCUGAUUACAUGUCCAAAGUAUGUGAGAUGAAGUCUUGUCAUCCUCACUUCUAAGGACCAUUCUGGCUGUAUGCCUUCCUAGAAAGAC